GGCAGGGGUGGUGUUGCACCUGUAUAUCCGGUUCGCGAAACUACACUUCCGCUGACGUAAAGUUGAGCAGUGGCGGGAGAAAAAAAAUCACAAACAAGACUCAAGGGUUCUGGCUCAGUCAUGGGGCUGCUAGAACAGUGCGACGAAGCCUUCGGUACCUCCAACCUUUACCAGGUUUUGGGUGUAAGGUCGGGGGCCUCAGAGGGAGAGAUUCGAAGGGGAUAUCGGAAAGUGUCUCUCCAAGUUCAUCCAGACAGGGUGACAGCGGCAAAGAAGGAAGGAGCCACUCAGAAAUUCCAGAUCCUGGGUAAGGUGUAUGCUGUGCUGAGUGAUGGGGAGCAGCGUGGGGUGUAUGAUGAACAAGGUAUAGUGGAUGAAGAUGCAGAUGUUGUAAAACAGGAUCGUGACUGGAAGGAAUACUGGAGGCUGCUCUUUAAAAAGGUCACAGUGGCUGACAUUAAGAACUUUGAGGAUAAAUACAAAGGAUCUGAAGAGGAGAAGGCCGAUAUAAAACAGGCAUACCUGGAUUUUGAGGGGGACAUGGACAGCAUUAUGGAGUCGGUGUUGUGCUCCACAUCUGGAGACGAGUCACGGAUACGUGUAAUCCUGGAGACGGCCAUUGAAGCAGAAGAGCUGCCGGCCUACACAGCAUUUACCAAAGAGAGCACAAACAAACAGAGAGCCCGCAAAAGGAGGGGUGACAGAGAGGCUAAAGAAGCUGAAGCAGCGAGACAGGAGCUGGGUCUGGAGGACGGGAGUGACUCUCUCAAAAUGCUCAUCCAGAAGAAGCAGAAGGACCGGGAGAAGCAGAUGGACAGUUUCUUGUCCGCAAUGGAGGCCAAGUACUGUGCAAAUCCCCAAAAAGGUGGGAAGAAAGCUGCCAAGAAGGGAAAGAAGUAAAGAGAGAGAAUCCAAUUUGGAGGACGUGAUACUCACAGAACAAUCAGCAGAAGUCCCAGAGUUGGAUGGAGCUGGAGUCAAGACAUUGACAUGAUGGCCAUUCGGAGCCAUUCUGCUCAUGUUUAGACAGUUGGUUUGGGAGUCUCGCCUUUUCCCUGAAGAAGGAAUAUUGUUUUUCAACUUACUCUUAUGUAAACUGUUUUGAUCCAUCCUUACUCAGAAGUGUUGGUUUGUAAUGGGAACAGACUGUUAACCAGAUGGUUUUGUUUGUAGCAAUGCUCUUUUUCCCAGAAAUAAAAGUUAUUUUUGCAUAAA